AUGAGAAGUGAAGCCUUCGCCGCUCCUUCAUUUCCACAAAAGAGUCUUUUGUGUAUAUUUUGCCUCUUCUGGAACCUAAAUUUGGCUCAGGCGACGAUAAAUAACUUAUUGACAGGACUGCCAUCGCCUGAAACCGAAUCGCCGGCCUCGGCCUCAGCCUCAUCACCUUCACCAUUGAUUGUCACACAAACGACAGCAUCAGACUCAUCGGCAGAUCAUCUGGUUCCUUUUGACGACGAAUGCGUAGCUCAUGUCACGCACAUGAUUGCCGAUGAUGGUUCUCGAACACAACUCCUGUGUACCGUGAAUGGCCUGUCGUUCCUGAUUCCUUCCGUCGGGGAAUCGUGGAUCAAGCAACAAAUCGAAUCGGGAGAGCUGAUCAGUGAUGAAACGGUGAUGAAACUGCCAGCGGAUGCCAUUCUGAAUCAAUACACUGAUGAGAUUCACACGACAGAACCACCUACCCUUUGGAAUCAUGAAAUGGAAGAACGGGAACGACGAAGAAGAUUGCGUCGAUUGGCAACGACUGGAACCAAGACUGUGCUUGUGGUUCGCGUCAAGGCUACUGAUAAGACGUCGACGCUUACCGACACUGCGAUUGGAGACUAUGUCUUUGGAGACGAUGGGUCGAAAUUGAAUCUGAAAGCACAGACUGAAGCUUGUUCCUUCAAUGCGUUGAAGAUCAACAAGGCGGGCGCUCGCGAUGGUGCAACCACCAGCAUUGCCAACGGGGUUGUAACUAUCCCUGUCAGUGUGGCUACUACCGAUGGUGAAACAAAAAUGAUCAAUGCUAUCACGGCUGCACUCCAAACAGAGUUUAGCGUUUCCACACUUCGGGACCUCGCCGAUCAUGUCAUGUACUGCUUUCCCCCAGGAACGACAGCUGCUUCAACUGUUGCAUAUGCCAUUCUUGGCGGGUUCAUCUCAUUCUAUAACGACGAGGCAUGCUCUUAUCCAUCGGCACAGAUUCAUGAAAUUGGUCACAACUACAACAUGGGCCAUUCUUCUGAUAGUGCACAAGAAUAUGGUGACAAGAGUGGACUCAUGGGUUUCUCGUACAAGUACACUGAGAUCCCAUUCAUGUGUUUCAAUGCCGCGAAAAGUUGGCAACUCGGAUGGUACACUUCCAAAGCCGACUCCUUUACUCCUUCUUCGAGUAGCCCCACUUACUCCACAAAACUUGCUGGCGUUGUCGACUUUGAUACCACCAGUAACAAGGUGUUGAUUGAAAUCCAGCAGACGUCUAGUACGACGUUUUACUACAUCAAUUAUAACCGCGCCAAAGGAAUAAAUGUUGGAACCCAGGAAGGAGCCAACCGUGUCUUGGUCGUGUCGAAAGAUACGGCCGUUGAUAGCAACGUAUCCAUAGCACAAGCGAUUCUAUCUUCUGGGAAUUCAUUCGCCAUUUCCAACUUCAAUGGAAAUAGUGGAGAGAUUCUGACUAUCACCUUUACCUCGUUGGCGAACAAUGAAGCGAACGUGGACAUUGUGCUGACAGGAUUUUCAGGAACUAGUCCAACUAUCACCCCAAGUCUGGCUCCAAGCAAGGCUCCAAGUCUAGCCCCAAGCAACGCCCCAAGCAGAGCUCCAAGCAAGACUCCAAGCAUGCUUCCAAGCAGAGCUCCAAGUAAUGUUCCAAGCAUGCUUCCAAGCAGAGCUCCAAGUAAUGCUCCAAGCAUGCUUCCAAGUAAUGCUCCAAGCAUGCUUCCAAGUAAUGCUCCAAGCAUGCUUCCAAGCAACCAGCCCACUGCGAAGAGUUUCACCUCUUUCAGUAUUCAGCCAUCCUCGAAUCCAAGUGCAAGUGAAAGACCAUCCAGCAGUCUUGCGCCUCCCAUGGAGCCUUCCAUGUACCCUUCCAUGCAGCCAUCUCAAGCACCGUCGCUUUUGCCUUCGAUUUCACCAUCGCUGUCACCAUCACUAUCACCAUCGAUUUCACCAUCAAUUUCACCAUCAAUUGCAUUGGUCACCAGUCUCACGGCCAGUUUGCAGCCAUCUUCGCAGCCUUCCAAACUGCCCACCAGCGCCCCAUUCAGUGGUUCUCUUCCAACUCCAAAGCCGAUUUCAAACCCACUGGGAUCUCCCCCUCCUAGUGGCCCCAUUGCCAUCCAACGGGUGGCCACGAUUGUGGUUGAAGUUGGGAUUGAUGGUCUGAACGACUUGGACUUGAUUUGUAAUGGACUCGAAUCCUUUAUGAAAGACCAUAUUCAAGCGGCCUUUCACACCAACGCUCAGACCAGCAUUGUCUGUACUCAGCAACCAACUCGGCGAGACUUGGUCGCAACAUCCUUCUCGGACUACGAAAUGCCAAUUCUCCUGAUUGUGUCAACCUCAUUUGCCGAUUUCCGUCAAGCCCCGCGUCAAUUCUUUUUCUUGGAUUUUUUGGAAAAUUUGUUAGUAUCCGAAGCCGCCGUCACGGAGCUACCGCAAUAUGUUCAAGAUGCCAUGGGUUCCAGCGUGGAAGGGGUCAACAUUCGACUGGUCGAAACCAAUAGGAAACCGCUGCUGAUUCUGGCCUUUGGAGGAGAUUCCUCAACUCCUAAUCCUGUAGGCUCUUCUUCUACGUCCUCUGUGGUUUCCCAGGCUUCAGCUAGUGAUAGAAACGCUGGAUAUCGGUUGUCGCUGGUGCUUGGUGUGCUUGGUGUGUUUGGAAUUUGCACGCUGCUGUAG